GCACGCGCAGUGAGUCCACAACUACACAGUCCCAGACACAGCCAGCGAGACGUCAACAACAGAAAGCUGGUUGCUCGUGAAUUGUGAGAGUAAUUACAUUGUAACGACUCGUGUUCAAGGUUAUUACUUUGUAUCAACUACGUUCGAUUUGCAUCAAGAUGUUUGGCUUUCACAAGCCGAAGAUGUACCGGAGUUUAGACGGCUGUUGCAUCUGCCGCGCCAAGUCCUCCAGCUCGCGCUUCACGGAUAGCAAGCGGUACGAGAAGGACUUCACGAGCUGUUUCGGAUUGUGUGAAACUCGGUCUGGUGAAAUCUGCAAUGCCUGUGUACUCCUUGUGAAACGAUGGAAGAAACUCCCAGUGGGGUCUAAGAAAAGCUGGAAUCAUGUGGUUGAUGCCCGAGGAGGCCCCAGCCUAAAGAUGUCUUCCAGGCCAAAGAAGCUGAAGUCCCUCUCCAAGAGAGCCAGGCCAAGAGAGAUCAGCCGACUGCAGAAAGAGCUGAAGAGAAACAACUCUGAUGCCCACAGCACCACGUCCAGUGCCUCGCCGGCCCAGUCUCCCAGCUACAGCAACCCCUCAGACGAGGGCACUGACACAGAACUCUCCCCUAGCUCCAGCCGUUCCCCUGUCUUCUCCUUCCUGGACCUCACUUACUGGAAGAGGCAGAGGGUGUGUUGUGGGAUCAUCUACAAGGGCCGGUUUGGGGAGGUACUCAUCGACCCCCACCUCUUCAAGCCCUGCUGCCGCAAAAAACAGCAACGGCAGCGGCAGGAGCUGGAGGAGGAGGAAGGGUACGAGGAAGAAGAGGUGGAGGUGGUAGAAGUGACGGAGGAGGAAGAGGAGGUGAAGAGGUCAAACAGCCAGAAGAGCUUAGAGACUCCUCAGCUACAGGUCACCAUGACAACACCUCAGACCGUUGAGGAGGGAGACUGGUGACGCUGCACCACAGUGUGUGCAUCUUUGAGGAAGCCUUUGGGAGUGCUUCUGGUUUACAAGCGCUUAUAAAAAUGAGUUAGGUCUGAUUUCCUUCAGUCAACGAGCAGCUGAAAACCAUUUUGACUUUUUUUUUUUUUCAGUAAUUUUGUUUGUUAGUUUGGUAACUUGUGGACUGACUAAACCAUCAGGUCUUGUACUUGGUAUUCUCCUUGUCCUGGGUUCAUGUUCGUUAGGCCGGGCAUGCAACGGAAAAUUAGCUUUUCUUAUUGGGCAAGUCAUGUAGUACCUACGUGUUGCAAAUGUUCGAACACCUUUCUUGGUGUGUUUUUCUCCUUGACAUGAAAUGCUGUAGCUCUGACUGAUCACCAGCAUACCUUUUACAGGUUACAGUCGUACAGUAGCACUUGUAUUAUACUGAAACACAUUUGCAUUUAUACCAUUUUUUUUAUUGAUUCUUUAUAUGGGCCUGUAUAUAUUUAUAUAUCGGCCUCGGUUGAGAAAGGCCUAUUCACAGCACCAACAGUCAAUACACCACCAACAGCCAAUACACCAGCCUUAAUUUAGUGAGGGAAGGCAGCGCCAGUGUUUUGUCAGUGUUGGUACUAAGGGAUGAUAUUAAAGGGACAUUUCAAAAAGGUUCAACGUGACAUUUAUUAUCUCCAGCAUCACCCCAAACAUCAACAUAUUUAAAAACGGCAGGUGUCUGUCUAUGUUUUGUAGUCUUAAAGGACGCACACCAUCUGGAUUCCGGAUGAAAAACGUUUGACAUCGUGAAUCUUUUUGAAAACAAUUAUGCGCAGGCAAAGGUUAGGAAACGAACUACCUGAUCAUGUCAAAAGUGUUUCUGGAUUAAAUCAGAGGAAGAAAAGUGUUUCUAUCUUUAUAACUACACAACAUCGAAGCGUGAUUUUCUUUUUCUCAUUUUUUGAGGUGGCGCUGGAGAUGAUGAAUAUGAAGUUGAAAAUUGUGAAAUGUCCCUUUUGAGACCAUAAUAGUUAGUGCAAGUUUGAGUUUUCUCCUGCUUAUUAUAUGUUAAUGGAGGCCUUAGGCUUUCAAAAUGAAGAGAAGCAACACAUUAGUGAGUUUUGCAUGAAUGCCGAAGAAAAUAACCCCUCUCAUCCAAAAUAUCCGUAGAUCAGAUGCAUAAGUCUAAUAAGCUAUUGCAUGGCCUUAAAAGCAUAACUACAAUUUUUGUUGAAGUCUUAUUCGUAUUUUCCAGACAUAAUGCCCCGAAGCCACAAAGUAUUGUUUUAUUUAAAAGGGGGAACAAAUUCGCAAAAUUGUCUCAUCUGCUGUAUUAUACACCAGAAAAUACAAUCGUGACCAGUUCAGAUCAUGACCUAUUCCUUCUAGAGUUCUAGAGCGUGGUAAACUUUUAUACUUGAGUUUUUCUUACUGUCAGUAAGGGGACAGGAUGAUGUAAUUAACACACACACACACACGUUUUGUUCUUCUAUCCUCGUGGGGACCUAACAUUUAUUUCCAUUCCAAAUCCAAUUUACCUUACCGUAACCCUAAACCUAACCACUAACCCCUUACCAUAACUCUAAUUGUAACCCUAAACCUAACCCCUGAAUUUAAAAUAGCCUUUGUCUUCAUGGGGAUGUGGGAAAUGUCUCCACGAUGGAGAAUUUCCAUUCAUUUACUAUCCUUUUGGGGGUUUUCAAUCCCCACAAGUAUAGAAGAACCAACUCGCACACAUGCAUGCAUACAUACAUACACACAAACAGUGUAUCUACUGCAACAACCUAGACCUACAAUGUAAUGUAUACCAUUUAGCAGACACUUUUAUCCAAAACGACUUAGUAAUGCAUGCAUACAUUUCAUGUAUGGGUGGCCUCAGAAAUCAAACCCUCUAAGUGUUUUCUCUCCCCAUGAGCACAACAUUCUAAAUCUGCACCCCUGUUGUCAAUAAGUGUAUUGUUUUUUUUUUAUUGUUUUGAGGAAACGGUUUGUGUAUUAGUGUUUUUGUUUUUGUUUUUUUGCAGGACUUCCACAUAAUUUAAGCCACAUUGCCUCUUGUGGUGCUGCAGGUGUUUCAGAUUUAAAUGGAUGGCCUACUUGUGAUACAUACAGUAUAUCAAUGCUAUUGAUCUUUAUUUAAUCAUUUUAUACUUUUGAGGACUUAUUAUGUUCUGAACUUAGGAUUCCUCAUUCCUUGGUUAGUUAAGCAACCACGAUAUACUAGCAUACAUCAAACAACCAAAGCACAAUUAAAUUCAUUCAAUUUGAAAUGCAAACCUGAUAAUUUCAAUGUAUUUUGUAGGCUAUUAGUGGCAUUAAAAGGACACUAAAAUCUGUUUGUUUUAAUGAGCCAUAACAUAGGGAGGAUUGUAUGUAUGUGUACAUAUUUAAAUGGAGGGUGACGGCUUUCUAGUUCAGUUUUUGUUAUUUAUUUCAUAUUUAUUUGUAUUACAGCAUUUUCCCCAUAUUACUUUAUUCUGGUUUCUCACUGUAAUAACUUAAAGAUGUUACAUUCAAAGUUUGGUAGUUCUGUCAUAUGAUUAGCUUUAAUGUAGUUCUUAAACGAGCAGUGUUCUAGUCAGAAAUUCACAAUUUAUAACAGUAUUUGUGAAAUAUUGGGAUCAAUACUUGUCUUUUUUUUUUAAAUCUACAUUAUCGUGUAGUAAUUUAUUAUGUUAUAAACAAACAUUUGAUUGGACCUGUACCUCCGUAUCAGGUAUCCAGCCUGUUGAAAUAUGAAUUUAAUUAGAUGUAUAUUAAUAAAACUUUACUUUUCUCUCAUCUUUUCCCUGUGAUGUUGCAUAUGACCUGAAUAUAAUUUAAGUCGACUUAGCUUUACAUUUGUCAUUUAGGAGACGCUCUUCACCAGAGCAAUUUACAAUUGUGCAUUUCUUAAAAUAGCUUUAGUGCUUUAGCGCUACAUGCAUGUAUUGUUGCUAUGCACUUGCAUUUAUUUACCAAGUUUGCUCUAGACAUUUUGUAUUUUUAUACAUGAUGAUGUACUUUUUUUUUUUUUUUUACUAGUCUUUCAAUAAAAGUAAUUUUGUGA